AUGGACUUUACCUAUGUAGAAUUUCCCUCGACGGUAAAUUUCAACACCUUCAAAGCCUAUUUUGAGCUCAACAAAUGUAAACUACCCAUCAUUCAUGGCAAAGCUUUAAAUCAUCCAGAAGGCAUAGAAAUUAAAACAAAUCAAAUAAAAACCCUAAGACAUUUAGUAUUGGAUGCACUGCUAGAGAAUUGGAGUGACAAUCCCAUCUUUAAAGAAAUAGAACGUCAAGAGGACCGUAACUAUAUUUUAGCAAACUUGAAUGUAAAUCUUCCUCUAAAGAUUUUAAGCUCAUACAUACAAGAUGAUUUCUUUUGGCGUAAAAGCUAUCAACACCGUUGGAAGACUCUCUAUUACAUGCUAUACACAUAUCAAAGCCAACCACCCAAACCAACGAUGACGAUGACAACAUCCACCAAAACUUCCCCAACCCCAGAGCCGCUACAACAAUUCUGCGUGAGGCAAGAAAAAAGAAAAACAAAACCUUGGAUUAACAUUUACAUGGAACGACAUCUGCAAGAGUUUAUUGAAAAUGUAACAACAACUGACUACGAACAGGAGAGUGUUCAGGCGACAUUGGACAUUUGUGCAACGUAUAUAAAUCAAUUGGAGAUAAACUACCUACAGCCCAGCAUGGAAGGGCACAAUGAUCACAUUCCACUUGAUUUCAUUUUGAGAAAUCUACCGGAAUUGCAUACAUUACGUUUGACAUAUUGUACCAAGACUAUAGGCACGCACUUCUAUCUGGGCUGUAAUAUGUUAUCGCGUCGUGAUGCUUCACUGCUUGCCCGAGGACUACAGCAGUCUCAUGAAUUGGUAAAUUUUUGUUUACACAAUUGUAAAUUGGAACCCUAUCAGUUGGGAUUAUUUGCUUAUAGUUUAGACAAGGGUUGUCAUUACCUGGCCUCCCUGUCCUUAGAACACUGUAGUUUGGGUGAUGAAGGCAUACGUCAGUUUUUAAGCUCCUGCAACAAGGAAUCGUUUGGCACUUUGAAAUAUUUAGAUUUAACCAACAAUAAAAUAACCUCCGAAGGUGCCUACUUUCUUAGCAAAGUCCUUAAAAGCUUAACGCUAGAAAAAUUGAUACUACGUUUGAAUCCCAUUGGCAGUGAGGGAGCUGCUUCAAUUUUUACCGUAUUGGAUUAUUUACCCAUAACACAGUUAGACCUGGCCGGCUGUUCUCUAGACGCAACAAUUACCAAACUAUUCAUGCAGCUAAUAGUACAAAAUAAAACUCUAUGGUCCAUAGAUGUAUCUAACAAUUACUUGGGCCAGGAAUUUGGAAAACAUUUAUUCAAAGUUAUUGGCUUUAAUAAGACUUUAAAGAGUAUGAAUUUAAGCAAUACUGGUCUGACUUUGGAUAUUUGUAAACAAUUUCAGGAGAUUCUAAAAAGAAGUCAUUUAAAGAAGAGGUAG